GAGUCAGGCGCUGGGGAUGAAUGAAGGUGCUGGGUACAGGAUCAACAGUGAUAAUGACUGAGUGUACAAGCCUUCAGUUUGUCAGCCCUUUUGCUUUUGAGGCAAUGCAGAAGGUAGAUGUUGUUCGCCUGGCAUCUUUAAGUGAUCCAGAAUUAAGACUUCUCCUGCCCUGCUUGGUGCGGAUGGCACUUUGUGCGCCUGCUGACCAGAGCCAAAGCUGGGCUCAAGAUAAAAAACUUAUCCUUCGCCUUCUGUCUGGAGUGGAAGCUGUCAACUCCAUUGUUGCAUUGUUGUCUGUGGACUUUCAUGCCUUAGAACAGGAUGCCAGCAAAGAACAGCAGCUUAGGCAUAAACUUGGAGGAGGCAGUGGGGAGAGCAUCCUGGUAUCACAGCUUCAGCAUGGACUGACAUUAGAAUUUGAACACAGUGAUUCACCUCGUCGAUUGCGGCUUGUGCUUAGUGAACUGUUGGCAAUCAUGAACAAGGUAUCUGAGUCCAAUGGAGAAUUUUUUUUCAAGUCUUCUGAGCUCUUUGAGAGUCCAGUGUAUUUGGAGGAAGCCGCAGAUGUACUUUGUAUUUUACAAGCAGAGCUCCCCUCCUUACUUCCUAUAGUUGAUGUAGCUGAAGCCUUGCUACAUGUUAGAAAUGGUGCCUGGUUCUUGUGUCUCUUGGUGGCCAAUGUUCCUGAUAGUUUUAAUGAAGUUUGUAGGGGCCUGAUUAAAAAUGGAGAACGACAAGAUGAAGAAAGUCUUGGAGGAAGGCGCAGGACAGAUGCCUUACGCUUCUUAUGUAAAAUGAAUCCUUCUCAGGCCCUCAAGGUCCGAGGCAUGGUGGUGGAAGAAUGUCACUUGCCAGGCCUUGGAGUGGCUUUGACACUGGAUCAUACUAAAAAUGAAGCUUGUGAAGAUGGAGUGAGUGACUUGGUUUGUUUUGUUAGUGGUUUGCUUCUUGGAACAAAUGCGAAAGUCCGGACUUGGUUUGGAACUUUUAUCCGUAAUGGACAGCAGAGAAAAAGAGAGACCAGCAGUUCUGUCCUUUGGCAAAUGAGGAGGCAGCUUCUUCUGGAGUUGAUGGGCAUUCUUCCCACAGUAAGAAGUACCCGCAUUGUGGAAGAAGCUGAUGUGGAGAUGGAGCCCAAUGUGUCUGUGUAUUCGGGGCUGAAAGAAGAGCAUGUUGUGAAAGCCAGUGCACUCUUACGUCUGUACUGUGCUUUGAUGGGGAUCGCUGGACUCAAACCAACCGAAGAAGAAGCAGAACAGCUACUGCAGUUGAUGACAAGCCGUCCCCCCGCUACACCAGCUGGGGUUCGCUUUGUUUCACUUUCCUUUUGUAUGCUGCUGGCCUUUUCUACGCUUGUCAGUACACCUGAACAGGAGCAGUUAAUGGUGGUUUGGCUAAGUUGGAUGAUAAAAGAAGAAGCUUAUUUUGAGAGUACUUCAGGAGUCUCUGCUUCUUUUGGGGAGAUGUUAUUAUUGGUGGCUAUGUAUUUUCACAGCAACCAGCUUAGUGCUAUCAUUGACUUGGUCUGUUCCACUUUGGGGAUGAAGAUUGUAAUUAAGCCAAGCUCCUUGAGCAGGAUGAAGACUAUCUUCACACAGGAAAUUUUUACUGAGCAGGUUGUCACAGCUCACGCAGUUCGGGUCCCUGUCACCAGCAAUCUGAGUGCCAACAUUACUGGGUUUUUGCCUAUUCAUUGUAUUUAUCAGCUUCUCAGGAGUCGUUCCUUUACCAAGCACAAAGUGUCAAUAAAAGACUGGAUUUAUAGACAGCUGUGUGAAACCUCCAUUCCACUUCAUCCUCAGUUACUUCCUCUGAUUGACGUGUACAUAAAUUCUAUACUUACUCCUGCAUCUAAAUCUAAUCCUGAAGCCACAAAUCAGCCAGUCACAGAACAGGAGAUACUCAAUAUUUUCCAAGGAGUCAUUGGGGGUGACAACAUCCGCCUUAAUCAGCGUUUCAGUAUCACAGCACAGCUUUUGGUGCUCUACUAUGUACUGUCUUAUGAGGAAGCUCUUCUAGCAAAUACAAAGACUUUAGCUGUCAUGCAAAGGAAGCCCAAAUCAUAUUCUUCUUCUUUAAUGGAUCAGAUUCCUAUCAAAUUCCUUAUUCGACAGGCUCAAGGGCUGCAGCAGGAGUUGGGAGGGUUGCAUUCAGCUUUACUACGACUCCUUGCAACUAACUACCCACAUUUAUGUAUUGUGGAUGACUGGAUCUGUGAAGAAGAAAUCACAGGGACAGAUGCCCUAUUAAGGCGAAUGCUCCUGACUAAUAAUGCCAAAAACCACUCUCCUAAACAACUCCAAGAAGCAUUUUCAGCUGUCCCAGUAAGUCACACACAAGUGAUGCAGAUUAUAGAACACUUGACUCUACUGUCUGCCAGUGAACUUAUACCAUAUGCAGAAGUAUUAACAUCCAAUAUGAACCAGCUGUUGAAUUCAGGGGUUCCACGGAGAAUUCUUCAAACUGUCAAUAAACUAUGGAUGGUUCUUAAUACUGUGAUGCCUAGAAGGCUGUGGGUAAUGACAGUUAAUGCACUUCAACCUUCAAUGAAGUUUGUACGACAACAAAAGUAUACUCAGAAUGACCUGAUGAUAGAUCCUCUCAUUGUCUUAAGGUGUGAUCAGAGGGUUUACAGAUGCCCCCCACUGAUGGAUAUUACCCUUCACAUGUUGAAUGGAUAUCUUCUUGCAUCUAAAGCCUACCUUAGUGCUCAUCUGAAGGAAACGGCAGAGCAAGAUAGGCCUACCCAGAAUAAUACAAUAGGUUUAGUUGGACAAACUGAUGCCCCAGAAGUUACCAGAGAAGAACUGAAAAAUGCAUUACUGGCUGCUCAGGAUAGUGCCGCUGUCCAGAUUCUCUUAGAGAUUUGCUUACCUACUGAAGAGGAGAAAGCAAAGGGUAUCAAUCCAGACAGCUUGCUAAGGAAUGUUCAAAGUGUUAUGACUACCAGCACUCCAAAUAAGGGGAUGGAGGAAGGAGAAGACAAUUUGCUCUGCAAUCUUCGAGAAGUCCAGUGCCUUAUCUGUUGCCUGUUGCAUCAGAUGUACAUUGCAGAUCCCAAUAUUGCUAAGCUUGUUCAUUUUCAGGGUUACCCAUGUGAACUUUUGCCUCUGACGGUUGCAGGUAUUCCAUCUAUGCACAUCUGUCUGGAUUUCAUACCUGAGCUUAUUGCACAGCCAGAACUUGAAAAACAGAUAUUUGCUAUCCAGUUGCUUUCUCACUUGUGUAUCCAGUAUGCGUUACCAAAGUCACUUAGUGUGGCUCGCUUAGCUGUCAAUGUCAUGGGAACUUUGCUAACAGUUUUAACACAGGCUAAACGGUAUGCUUUUUUUAUGCCAACUCUGCCAAGUUUGGUCUCUUUCUGCCGAGCGUUUCCUCCAUUGUAUGAGGAUAUUAUGUCUUUGCUGAUCCAAAUAGGGCAAGUUUGUGCCUCUGAUGUUGCCACUCAGACAAGAGACAUUGAUCCAAUUAUUACACGUCUUCAACAAAUAAAGGAGAAACCAAGUGGAUGGGCUCGAAUCUCUAAAGAUUCAUCUAAUAAAAAUGGAUCCAGGGACACUGGAAGCAUGGAUCCUGAUGUACAGCUCUGUCAUUGUAUUGAAAGCACAAUAAUUGAAAUAAUAAACAUGAGUGUUAGUGGAAUUUAAAAAAUUUUUUAAACAAAAAAAUGAAGCUGUUUGCUGCA